CAGUGAUGCUAUGUUCGUUUGUUUCCGGUGAUCGCAAUCGAGUUUCGUAUCUGGCAAAAAUUACGGAACACACGAUUUGUUUCUCUCGGUUCGCCGUCGCGAGAUAUAUUAAUAACUGACAGUACCUAGUCCCUAGAUACGAAGUACGGUGGACAUGCAUUCCCCUCGCCCAAGAUUCGUAUGAUUUUUAACGUAUCGAACGAGACACGACCGCAGCUGUUCGUCUGAAUCACCGAAACAAACUGUUUUACAGUGCCGAUACGUUGACAAGGUAAAUUCUAAUUGAACAUGAUACCACAGAGAGAUGAACCCCUAUUCUCCGAUAUUGCGCUUCGUAUGUUGAUGAACACGGUCUCGCAUCCGAUCGAGUACGCGAAAGUUCUAAUACAGAUCGGAUAUGAACCGAUUCCACCACGACCGACAACUACUUUAUUCGGACAACCGGCUUUAGCUUUGCCUAAUGUUUUUCAGUAUGUUAGAUACAUUAAGAACGUAGACGGAUUUACUGGGUGCUAUCGUGGUCUUGUCCCAAAAUUAUGUGCCUAUACUGUGAGUGCUGUAGCUUUCGAAAAGACAUCUAAAUGUAUUAAAUUUAAGGAUGAACCAAGCAAAGAGAUCUAUGAUGGUGAUCUAGAAGAAAGUCAGAAGUAUAAAAAAUGUAUAUACGAAUUCAUACGAGACCUGAUUAGUAGAAUGAUUGGUAUUAUAGUUAGCCAUCCAUUGGAUGUUAUCGCACUGAGGAUGAUGGCACAGUUUGUUGGUGGAGAAACAAAAUACAAUGGAUUAUUUAGAUCGAUUGUGGAAGUGUACAAAGAGAAUGGAAUCAUGGGAUAUUAUGCAGGAUUAUUGCCUCGCCUCAUUGGAAAUGCUGCUGUACUAAUGCUAGUCAGUUCAUGUACUUAUGCUAUUGAUAAGUACAUUAUAAGCGAUCGCGAAUUGAAACCUUAUGCAGUUUCCACAAUAAGAUUCAUAGCGACAACAAUUACAUAUCCAUUUUUAGUGGUAUCACAUUGCAUGGCAGUUAAUAAUUGCGGGUUAAUUGCUGGUCUUCCCCCACAAAUGCCAAUUUACAAUAGCUGGUUAGAUUGCUGGUCCCAUCUUUCAACUACCAAUCAAUUAAAAAGAGGGAACAGCCUUUUAUGGCGUUAUUAUACAGGGCCGCAAGUGAUAAUUAAUGGAAAACCAAUACCUAUUAACAAAUACAAUUUCCACUUACAAAGCACAACAUAGUAAUAAAAUAUUGCAUUUACUUGUAUUUGAAAAACCAAUAGUAAAAUCACUUCUGUGCUAUAUACUUUUUUUUUUUUAAUUUACUAUUAUAGUACGUUGUUGCAUUUAUAUAUUCCUUAGAAUUGAUCCUACUUGUUAUUAUAUCAAAUAUUAAUUAAAGACAUUUUUCUUUGGUA